UUCAGCGUUAUCGUUGUCGCUCGGUCGUCGUGUUGCUUGUUUUCGAAAAUCUGGUAAAACUGAUAAAGAAUGAAGAAAAUGAUGUGUUGAACAUAAUGCUGCUGGCUUGCAGACGUACCGCAAUUAUUGUUCAGUUCGAUGUGUGUAUGCAAUUUUGUACCGUGUCACAGAUUUAUCGAUUUUUCCCAUCGACACAGAUUUUAGUCUAAUUGCGUAAAAGGGUGUGUUAAUGUAAAGGAAUUUGCUCUCUGAUAUUCGUGAAUUGCGAACAUGUUGAAGCAGGAAAACCUAGCAGCAAACUUUUGCGGUUUACUAGCGGUGGCUGGCAGUAGAGAAAUAGCAAUUGAGUGGAGGAUUUUGGGGAAGGAACAAGAUGGAUCUCUUCUAGCUAGCUGGGUUGCAUUCGAUCCGAAGGAUCGUGCCGAUCAGAAGAGUAGAGUUGGGAUUUAUUCGCCUAAGGAUAAGACCUUGCAAGUGUUGUACAGCUUUGCUGGAAGGGAAAACGUGAUCCAAGCUUCAGUUAAUUUGACGAAGACUUUGCUCCUGUACACGAUCAAAGAACAGAAGCAAGAAGAGUCCGGUCGAAAGACAGAUAUUUAUCGCAGCUUUCUGAUAGAGCUAAAGGAAAAUGUUGAGGUUGAACCUUUUCUGCUGAUGGAGGUUGACCGCAGUCAUCAAAUGAUGGCUCAGUUUUUAUGGCAAAAUUUGGCGACGUUUGAAAAAAGUCAGCAGGAUAAGUUUAUUGUGUUGAUUCACCACGAACAAGUUUUGCUGUACACAGCCACGCUGAAGAAACAAUCGUUGGGAAGUAAUCCUCUUGAAGGUACCUCCAAACUAGAUUACACCGAUCCAACGGCUUGGUAUUGGGACAAGUCAUGUCUUAAGAAGGAAACGAUUACGAAAGGCUUUGUUUGGGCCCAAUGGGACCCAUCAGUGCAAGCUCUCUACUACAUUCACAUGAAACCGGCCCCGAAAACCCUGUUCGAGAAAGACGACGGUUCCACCGAGAAAAAAAUGAAUCCCACCUUGUCGGCGUUUCAAUUUCAUGACGAGCUACGCACUGAAACAGUGCUAAAUAUUCCGCUGAAUCUACCGAAAAUUCCCACCUCCAGCUCUGGAACGGAAGAUAUUUACGAGGAUGACACGGUUCCGUUGCGAAUUCAUGAUUCUUCACUGAAUUUGAUAAUCGUUAGUGAUCCCAUUGGCAUGCUGUACGUUUGUCACUACUAUUUAUAUCAACCGAUCAAACAAUCGGACGAGGAAGCUUCCACGUCGCAGAAUAUAUGCGACGUUCACUUCGCUUAUUCCGUGACGAUCCUCCACCACGGAUGCGUAAUUCAUUGUAUCAUUCCGGGAAUCCCCUGGGAAAAGGCUAAAACCAUGAAACCCACGUUCACGCUGCACGGUGACCAUCACAUGCUCGUGUUUCAAGGUGGACUGUUCAUGCAUCUGCUGGAUGUGGGCGUUUCGCACGAACCGUGUUGCCACAUCGUUUGUGCUCCGUUCACACGUCAACCGGUGACGCAUUUGGUUCCGUGCUUUGCUACGAACAACAUUUGCUACGAUUCCGCUACGUUGGAUCUGAUUUCGAUCACCAUUCCGAAGGGGCACUUGAUUGAAGCAUUCCGAAACGAUACCUCGGUGGAUAAUCGAUUGGCUAUUGUACACUACUUUUUGGCACAUUCCAACGGGGAGAUUGUGGAGAUUUUUUCGGAGAUUCUCAGCAUUAUUAUGGAGCGUCCGCUCCAUCUCGAUACGGUUCCUCUUUUGAAAGAAGCUCUCGUCUCCGGAGCGUACGCUUCUUCAAAGAAAGGUCUCUCCCAGGACCAGCUGGCUUUGUUUCGAUUGCUUCCUUUAACUACUUGCAACACUUCGAAACCAAUUCAAGCGAAAGUGUCUAACCUUAACGUUGGUUUAUCACACGAAACACUUUAUAAUACUUCCAUGAUGCUGCUGUCGCCCCAGCAACGGUUAUCUCCGUACCGAAAGGAUAUCUGGACUUGUUUGUGGGAACGACUGAACGAUAAUAAGGAACGGGCACGUUUCACUCAGGAACAAGUGACGGAGAAACUAAUGUACUCACUAACCUGUUACCAGCCGGAGGCACUCUCGCGCUGUUCGACUCCGAUGUCGCCGGUAAAUCCGAUCAUGAACGUUGCGGCUGAAUUUUCCGCCGUAAAUUCACGGCGAAUGCAGAACGAUAUGUUGCCAUUCGUAGAGACUGAGGUGUGCACUGCCAGCAAGCAGGAACUGGUGCUCAACAUUAAUCUACGCGAACUGAGCAUGCAUCUAGUCAAGCACAGCGUCAAGGAAGUUAGUGGAUUCCGUUGGUUGAAGAAUGCUUUCUACGAUAGUAAUCCAGCGCCAUCGCAUGUGCAUGCUGUGGCCACGCGAUAUGUUGCAGCACAGCUGGAGCAAUCGCGUGCUCUCUGUAUGCUGCUGUGCAAGACUGCCGGGCUGGAUUUGGUGCUGGAAACCGAGCGAGGAUUUGCGUUGGUCGAUCAGUUGAGCAGUCCUCAGCAGCUGAAGUUGUUCACAAUGCUGGAAAGAUACUGUCUGGCGACCGAGUCACUUGCUUUUCCCUUUCCGCUAGGGUUUUCGUCGUUUUUCACUUACCUGGGCUAUCGAGCGCUCAGCUUUAACAAUUUUAUGCAAUAUGUCGAACAUCAUGUGCUUGAGUUGCAAAUCGACGUGAUCAAAGUUAUUAUUGCGGACAUUGACGACACCUCGGAGGGUAUUCAGCGAAAGCUGAGUUUGCUGAUGAUGCUGCCUAGAUCGCGUGCUAGACGAUUGCUAAACAACUGGAAUCAUCCGGUCAGUACGAUGCUAAAAGGACGGGAGCAUGCGCUGAACAUUCUCUCCGGAAACUCCGUUCAUCUGCGUGGUUACUCGCAGAUUAAGAAACGAGAGUAUAAACCCAAAGAUCUCGGCGAGCAGAUGAGUGCCGUGCAGAAGAUGCAGGAGCCACUGGAUUGCUUUCUGGAUUUGCUGACUGCCAAGGCUAGCCUGAACGAGCUAGAUUUUAAUCUGCUAAUCGAAACCACUCUUAGCUCGGUGGACGACUUUGAGUUGUAG